AUGCCGCUGGGAGAGAGGUACGCCGGAGACAAAAGCGAGUCGCGUUACUGCGGCGUAGACGCGGAGUUCAGCGAUGACAUGCCGAACCUCCUUUCUCUCAACAUCAAUGGCGGCUUCGACUUCGUUCUCGCUACCCUGAUGGAUCCUAACUAUAGGCCUAGUCUUGUGGGCAAUGAAACUAGCAGAUCUCAAGCUUUGCCAUUUGCUGGGUCAGACUUAGUUCUAAGCCCUUCUCAGUGGUGUAGUCAUGUUGUUGGCAAAAUAAGCUCAUGGAUCGACUUGGAUUCUGAUGAUGAGACUCUUCGGAAAGAUUCAGAAGUUACGCUGAAACAAGAAAUAGCUUGGGCUGCUCAUUUAUCUCUGCAGGCUUGCCUAUUGCCUACACCGAAGGGAACUUCUUGUGCUAAUUAUGCAAAAUGUUUGAACCAGAUUUUGCAAAAUUUAGGCAAUAUGCAGUUGUGGCUUAGGAUUCCACUUGAGAAAUCUGAGGAUGACAUAAAGGCCUCUAACCCAAUUUUAUCGACUGAUUCAUGGGAAUUAUGGAAUUCCUUCCGGCUUCUUUGUGAACAUCAUAGUCAGCUCUCUGUUGCACUUGAUAUUCUGCCAUCAUUACCAUCAGCUUCCUCAAUUACAAGAUGGUUUGGAGAGCCUGUUAGGGCAGCCAUAAUAAAUACAAAUUCUUUUCUAACGAAUGCACGGGGUUAUCCUUGUCUAUCAAAGCGCCACCAGCGAUUAACAACUGCAUUUUUCGAUCAUCCAAUUCAGAUAGUGAUUUCUGGUCGACCAGUACACAAUGUACCUUUGGGUUCUUCAGAAUCAAAUGUUGAGGGUGGUUGGAGACACCCCUUAAAGUCAUACUUGGACUAUGUUGCAUUUUUAUAUCAAAAGAUGGAUCCCUUACCUGAACAGGAACGCUUUGAGUUUGGGUACAGAGAUUAUCUGCAGUCACCCUUACAGCCUCUCAUGGAUAAUUUGGAGGCCCAAACAUAUGAAACAUUUGAAAAGGACAUGGUUAAAUAUAGCCAGUACCAAAGGGCAGUUGCCAAAGCUUUGGUUGACAGAGUUCCAGAUGAAAAUGCCUCUACAGUGACAACGGUUUUGAUGGUUGUUGGUGCUGGCCGAGGGCCUCUUGUCCGAGCAUCAUUGCAGGCUGCAGAUGAGAUGGAACGGAAAUUAAAAGUAUAUGCUGUAGAAAAAAAUCCAAAUGCAGUUGUAACACUCCAUAGUUUGGUGAAGCUAGAGGGCUGGGAAGAUGUGGUUACCAUUGUUUCCUGUGAUAUGCGACAUUGGGAUGCUCCAGAGAAAGCUGAUAUCUUGGUAAGUGAGUUGCUGGGAUCUUUUGGGGACAAUGAGCUUUCACCUGAAUGUCUUGAUGGUGCCCAGAGGUUUUUGAAGGAAGAUGGAAUUUCUAUCCCGUCAUCAUAUACGAGUUACAUUCAGCCAGUGACUGCAUGCAAGCUGUACAAUGAUAUCAAGUCACAUAAAGAUCUUGUGCACUUUGAAACUGCUUAUGUUGUCAAGCUGCACCGUGUGGCAAGACUCGCACCCAAUCAGCCGGUCUUCACUUUUGUCCAUCCAGAAGACUUGACUAAGACGAACAACCAGCGUUAUAAGAAGCUUCACUUUGAUAUCCCAAGUGACACUGGCUCAGCCUUGAUUCACGGAUUUGCAGGUUAUUUUGAUGCCACGCUGUACAAAGAUGUACACCUUGGUAUUGAGCCAUCAACAGCUACCCCAAAUAUGUUUAGCUGGUUCCCUAUAUUUUUCCCGUUGAGGACGCCAGUGUAUAUUCGACCUGGUACACCUUUGGAAGUUCAUUUCUGGCGCUGUUGUGGUCCUACCAAGGUUUGGUACGAGUGGUGCGUGACAUCACCAUCAGCUUUGCCUAUGCACAACACGAACGGUCGUUCAUAUUGGGAGAAUCUGUCCGAUCAGGGGUACACGGACGCCGAGAUCGAGGAGAAACUGGAUGAGGCGAGGAAAUCGCUCGAGGCGAAGGAGAAUGAGGAAAGGGGAGAUAAUGCACUCGUGACAUCUGAAAAGUAG